AUGCCAAACAAAAAUAAAAAUGAAAAUGAUGAUGAAAAAUUUGAAAAGAAAACAUUAUUAGGAAAAAUGAGUGAUAAAGAAAAAGAAAUAUUAAAAGAAUUAAUAAGAGAAUAUAAAGAUAUAUUUGAAUAUAAUGGUGAAAAAUUAGGGAGAACAGAUAAGAUAAAAUACAAAAUAGAAAUUGAAGAAAAUAAAGAGCCAAUAGCUCAAAAGAGAUAUAAAGUAACUGAAGAUAAAACAAAAUAUAUAAAAAAAGAAAUAGAACAAUUAUCAAAUAUGGGAAAAAUUAGAAAAUCAUGGAGUGCUUGGGCAUCUCCAAACCAAAAAACUGGCGGUUCGGUUCAGUUUAAUCCGAUUUUUUAUAAAAAUGCGAAAAAUCAAAUAGCCGGCCAUCUAGUGAUCGUACAAAGUCAAGCCAUAUAUCAUUGGAUUCCUCUUGACGAGACACGUCGAAUGGUGCUAUCUAUCGGUGCUAGAGACAUAAUCUUAGCACCAUUCGAUGCGUCUCAGUUAGACGAAUCCAAUGAAUAUAAAUUUGUUCGUAAGAGAGUUCAGUACAAACUUUUUCAAAGGGCCCAUGAAAUUCCAAUCACUAGUUUCAAAGAAAUAGGAAGAGCAGUAAUUGAAGCAAAACUAGAUAGUAUAUACUCUACAGUCAAAACAAAUCCAGAGUUUUUUCAAGAUAUAAGUGCUUUUACAGCCUUAAAUAAUGAAACAGUAAAACUGACUCUAUGGACUUGUGAAGAGAUACAAAAACCUACUGCAAGAGGCACAACAAAAAUUAUGGAAUAUAAGAUAGACAAGAAAGGAAAAAUUAUUAGAUCAGAAAAGCACAAAUCAAAAGGAACUAAUAGAGGAAAAAAUAAUAAUAAUUCAUGUAUAGGAAAGUUGAACAAAUUAGUAUUAAAAGCAACAAAAAUACCAAAAAGUGAGAAUAGAUAUUCAUUUAAAGAAUUAUAUGGAAAUAUAGUUCUUGGACAAAAAAUGGGAAAUCCUCUUAACAAUUGGCCUGAACAAGAAAAGUAG